CAGAAUCUAGCGGACCUGGGAACGCCAGGCGGCUGUGGGAGGUGUGGCCCCGGGACGGGACGUGUGACCUGGGCUGCUGGGCUCGCAGGUGGAGCUCGGGUCCCCCCGCGGGUGGGGCAGAAGCCGAAGGGGGCGUGCACCUCUGAGAAGGGCUGGGGGAGGGGGGGUGGAACCCGGGCGCCCGCCCUCACUGCCCGCCCCGCCGCCUCGCAGCUCCGCGCAGGCGAGGCUGCCGGGGAUCCAGCACGGGACUCCGGCGGCCCGCGUUCCCGCCUGCCGCGUCCUGCUGAGCCACCCUGGCGCGUGUGUCCAGAUGCUGGCCCAGUUGCCACAGGGAGUCCCUCUGGGAGACUGAAGGGCAGGCUCCUGGGUUGAGGCCCACCAACCCUGAGCCUUAGUCCAGGAGAAUGGCAGCCCCCUUGGAGCCUCAGGACCAGGCCCCUGGGGAGGGAGAAGGGCUUCUGAUUGUGAAGGUGGAAGAUUCCUGCUGGGAUCAGGAUUCCGCCCAGCAAGAGGACAGCAGGGACUCGGAGGCCUGCCGCCAGCGCUUCCGGCAGUUCUGCUACAGGGACUCGGGCGGGCCCCACGAGGCCUUCAGCCAGCUGUGGGAGCUCUGCUGCCGCUGGCUGCGGCCUGAACUGCGCACCAAGGAGCAGAUCCUGGAGCUGCUGGUGCUGGAGCAGUUCCUGAGCGUGCUGCCCGGGGGUGUCCAGGCCCGGGUGCGGGAGCGGGGCCCUGAGAGUGGCGAGGAAGCUGUUGCCUUGGUGGAGGACCUGCAGAAGCAGCCAGUGAACACCCGGCCGCAGGAUGUGCCCUCAGAGGAGGUGGAACCCAAGGCUGCGGUCCAGGGAUCUCAGGCCAAGGGACCUCCCCCUAAGGCGGGGGCACAAAACCAGCCGCCUGCGCCCCGGGAGCAGCAGGGCCGUGGUGCCCAGCUUCCUGCUCUCCCUAAAGAGGGGAGUACUAAACAGAAAACGAAUGCCGACUUUGCCUCUGAGAUCCGUGGACCUGUGGCAUUUGAAGACAUCUCCUUCUAUUUCUCCCGGGAAGAAUGGGGGUCCCUGGACCCUGCUCAGCGGGAUCUUUUCUGGGACAUAAAGCGGGAAAACUCCCGGAACGUUGCUGUGGGUUUGGGGCUCAAGAGCCAAAGGGGGCGAUCCCCGCUGGAGGAGGCAGUGAGGGCGCUCCCCGGCCAGGCGGGCAGCGAUGUGACUGUGGCCUGGAGCCCCAAGGAGGCCGAACCCUGGGAGAGUGAGGCCGGGCCAGGGUCGCUCUUGGAGCCAGCAUUGGGGCCGCGGCGGGGGCGGCCGCCCCCUUGCAGGCGCCCGUUCCGGGACCUGGCAGCCGAGAAGCCCCACAGCUGCGGCCAGUGCGGCAAGCGCUUCCGCUGGGGCUCAGACCUGGCGCGCCACCAGCGCACGCACACGGGCGAGAAGCCGCACAAGUGCCCGGAGUGCGAGAAGCGCUUUCGCAGCUCCUCGGACCUGAUGCGCCACCGGGGCGUGCACACGGGCCAGAAGCCCUUCUCCUGCUCCGAGUGCGGCAAGAGCUUCAGCCGCAGCGCCAACCUGGCGGACCACCAGCGCAUCCACACGGGCGAGAAGCCCUUCAGCUGCAGCGACUGCGGCAAGAGCUUCUCGCUGCGCUCCUACCUGCUGGACCACCGGCGCGUGCACACCGGCGAGCGGCCCUUCCGCUGCGGAGCGUGCGACAAGAGCUUCAAGCAGCGCGCCCACCUCAUCGCCCACCAGAGCCUGCAUGCCAAGAUGGCCCAGCCCGUGGGGUGAGGCCUGGAGGGUGUUCUGGGAGACGGAGCAGCAGGAUGGCCACCUCUCUCUGCUGCCACCUUCUGCAGCCACCACCCCUACGGCCUUGCCCUGCCCUGCUCUGCCCCAGGACCUGGUCCACACAACCAAGUGAUGGAAAUCCCCUAUGACCUCGCAGCCAUUCUGGGGGUUUCUCCUGCCUCUGACUUCCCGGAGCUCCACCACAUUCCUGGCAGGUGGCCUUGGCGUGGGAGAAAGACUGAGGCAGCAGGGAAGUGUGAGAAUUUGGGCAGGACCCGGGGUCCACCUGUUCCCUGCCUUCUUGGCUGGGUCCAUGGGCCAGGCCCUCUGCCCUGCCUACCUGUGCCUUCCCAUAGAGCGGAGGACAGGCUUUGACCACUCGUCAGCCCACAUCUGUGCAGCUCGGGGCCCUCCGUGGGGCCAAAAGGGCUUUCUGGCCCCCACUUCUGCCCCAUCCACACUGCCCUAUCCUGGCAACAUGCUACUGAUCUGUGCCAACUUCCCCCUCGAGAGCCAUCCUCUGCCGAGGUUAGUGGUAGCUCCAGGGACUGGAGGUCUGUGCAGACCAAGAUCAGGGCCAGUGGAAGCCCACUGCUCCCACACUCCCCUCCAGAGACGUGGGGUUUAUAGUACUUAACACUAGCACUCUGUCAGCACUUUGUCACUGAGUCCUUAGGCACUGCAUUCCAUGUAGUCUGCAUCGUCUGCAGAGUGGCAUUCACAGGGACACACCACAGGCUUCCAAAGGAGCUCAGCCCCGCCUGCCCCAGAAGGGCAGAAAGAGGGUUUGAAUAAACGUGGAAAGCUCC